AUGAUCCCACUAUUUGUUUGUAUGGUGCGAAAUAACUGGAUUGGUGAUGCUGUCCAGGUCAAUUUCGACACAUGGAACUUGUUCCACAGAUGGAUUGGCAGGAUCGUCGCCCUAGAAUCUUUUGCACAUAUGGGUGCGUGGACAGUAAACAAAAUUGACCAAUCUGGAUGGUCUGGUGUUGCCGAAGCAUACAAAAUCUCACCGUUUUUGCAAGUUGGCUUGAUGGCUGAAAUUGCACUUGCUUUGAUCGCUGUAGCAUCUGCAUCACCCCUUCGACACGCGAACUAUGAGUUCUUCCUAUCGCUUCACCAAAUCCUGGUCAUUUUCUUCAUGGUUGGCGUUUACUGGCAUCUUGUCAUUGACCAGCUGCCGCAAAUCACCUACGCGAACAUCACCAUCGCGAUUUGGGUGCUCGACAGAGUAAUGAGAAUUUUCUGGAUCCUCCGCUGGAAUAUCAAGAUGAAAGGUGGCAAGGUUUCAUGUAACGUGGCAGAGGUUAUUCCUCUCAAAGGAGCCAAUGCUGUACGAGUCAGUGUGGAGCUCGUCCGUCCUUGGGACUUCAAGCCGGGUCAACAUGCAUAUAUAUACAUUCCCAGGAUCGGUUGGUGGCAGUCUCACCCAUUCUCGAUCGCCUGGGCGUCCACAGAACAGGAGUUCACAGAAAGCGAAGACGCAACCUGGGUCGAACACGGCACCGCCGAGGAUCUACGAAGAAGUCAAAUUUUUGCGGCGGAGACCGGUGAAAAGGUCGACUCUAUGGUCUCGGUGCGCGAGCAUGACGCCCAGCAUUUAUCUACGCCGCGCUCUGGCGGCGGAAACCCCUACGAGAUCAGCCCGCACCAUUUGAGCCCUGAGGGGCACCAUCACAACAACCGAAACAGCACCUAUAGCUCGCGCCCCGCCUCUAGGCUUCAUCGUCUUAGCAUGCCCCCAUUGCCAGUCUAUCACCGGGAAUUAGUCACGACGCAGGCACUGAAAACCAAGACCACAAUGCACUUUGUCAUAUCAAAGCACAGCGGCUUCACCAAGAAACUCUACGACGCGGCAGCUAAGGCUAAUAAUGGCAAUGACGGCGAGAAGGGUGAGGUGGCUCCUCUCCAGGUUGUUGGCAUGUUCGAAGGUCCCUACGGGGGGCACCACUCAUUCGACUCGUAUGGCACCACAAUUUUCGUGGCUGGAGGGGUCGGGAUUACCCACGGUAUUGGGUAUGUGAAACACCUGUUACACGGCUACAACAAGGGCACUGCAGCGACGCAGAGGAUCAAGCUUGUCUGGGUUGUCAGGAGUGUAGACAAUAUUGAGUGGGUCUCUGAUUGGCUCGAGGAGAUUCUGCAAAUGCCCAAUGUUAGGCAGGUCGUAGAGGUUGAUGUCUACAUCACCCAACCAAAUGAGGCAGCGCACACUAGUAGCUGGUCUGGGCGUGGGGGUGUUGUCAAGCUUUACACUGGACGCCCGGAUUUCGAUAUUAUCGUCGAAAAAGCUGUCAAACGGCAAGUUGGUGCCAUGGCGGUUAAUGUCUGUGGUGGAGGUGCUGUCAGCGACGCUGUCAGAGCUGCCGCUAGAAAAUACAUUGACGUCUCCUCAAUUGAUUUCUCAGAGGAAAGCUUUUCCUGGUAA